GCGUCGAAUAUAGAUUCUUCUCUUCGAGAGGGAAAUUCGUACCCCCUACCCCCACAGAGGAUAACUUAGCAUAUCGUGUGAUAUCGCACGAGAUUCUUUCACGUUUGAACGAUGCCGACGAGCCUCGGCUUUAAUAUACGCUCGUUGUUUGCCGGUUGGCAAAGGCAAAGGAUAUGAUUCUAAAACGAUCCUCCGAAUCAGUCGAUCGUCUUUCCCCAGUUCGCUUUUCGUCGAGAGCAUUGAAUGACGUACAGAAGUAGACAUUUUCGUCACGAUGAAAAUAGCAAAAUCCACCAUCGUCCUGUUGGUCUUUGUACUGAUGCUCUCCAUCUUCGUGGCGAACGUAGCUGAUCUUAUUAGUGUCGAUCCUCGUCCUCUGAAUGAGGUGUUGGGAGAGAAUGGGCAAGCAGGAUGGUCCAGACCAAAGCAUUAUAAUAUAGGAAAAUCGUUUGAUCACUUGAUGUGGUUCUUACAGAUAUCGGAUAUACACAUAAGCAUCUUUAGAGACCAUUCGAGGAUAUUGGAAUUGAAAGAAUUCUGUAAUGUGACAGUAGAUGCAAUUAAACCUGUAGUUGUUCUCGCUUCAGGAGAUUUGACUGAUGCCAAAAAUAUAGAUCAAAUGGGUUCUAAGCAGAUACUCGAAGAGUGGCAAUAUUAUAAACACGUAAUAGAUGAAACUAAUGUAAUACAGAAAACAUUGUGGCUGGAUGUCAGGGGAAAUCAUGAUAAUUUUAACGUGAUUAGCCUUCAGGCAAGAAAUAAUUAUUAUUCCAAUUAUUCUAUUCAGGGGAAGAAACAUCCAAGAUCUUACAUGUAUAACGUUACUGUGGGUUCUGAAAUUUACUCUUUCAUUGCAAUUGACGCUUGUGUGAAACCAGGUCCUAGGAGACCGUUUAAUUUUGUUGGUAUUUUGGACCAGCAGGAGAUUAAUAAGAUACAGCAAUUGGUUGAUCAAUCUAAAGACAACAGUGCAAAUUAUGCAAUUAUGUUUGGACAUUAUCCUACAUCAUGCAUAUUGUCGCAAUCUCAUACUAACAUCAGAAAUAUUUUAGGAAAGUACAAAGAAAGUAUGGUAUAUUUAUGUGGCCAUUACCAUACUCUUGGUGGUAUGGUACCCAACAUGUACACGUUACAAAAAGCGGGCUUCCUUGAGUUAGAAUUGGCAGAUUGGAAAGAUAAUAGAAUGUAUCGUCUGGCAGCAGUUGAUCAUGGCCAGUUCUCAUUUAUUGAUGUGAAGCACAAUGACUGGCCCGUGGUAUUAAUUACCAAUCCAAAAAAUAUGCUAUACAGGAUGCCGCAAAGAGAAAAUCUAGAAUCCAUUAUUACAUCUACACAUAUUAGAGUGCUGGCGUUCUCUACAGUCCCAUUAAUAACUGUCGAAAUCCAACUGGAUCACGAUGUUUGGCAAAAGUGCAGUCACGUGAAAGGACCUCUCUAUGUAUUACCGUGGAACUCGACAGAUUACAAAGAGGGUAUUCAUCAGAUAACAGUAUGCGUAAUAGAUAAAGAGGGCAGAGAAAAACUUGUAUCACAACCCUUUUCUCUUGAUGGAUCGUGGUUAUCAACUCAAGUUUUGCCGAAACUGAUACUGAUGUUCAACGUGGUUUAUAUUUUUCAGUUUCUUUUCUUCAUUACUCUGGUAUCAUCAACAGUACCACUGUGUUUGCUGCGAUGUCUGCACAUACAUUACAAAAAUAGACGUAUACAUCGACCACGGCUACGUAUCAAGUUCUUUCAUUGGUGGCUGAGGAAAAUGUGGAUACUGUCCACGGUUGAUAGAUUGUACUUUGGGCUGAUACUCUAUUCCUUGUAUUUAACCGUCGGUCCCUGGACUGUGGGAGAAAUAAUUGAGAAUCACAUAGGUGUGAUCUUCGUAUGGGGAAUAUUCAUUGGCAAUGAAUAUUUACCGGGUGGUUUCACUUACGCCUAUGGAUUCUUCCAGUUGCUGUUCUUUUACUUACCGCUUACGCUGGUCUUAGCGCAUCAAGUUGACCGUAGAUUGCAAAGUGCUGAGAAUCCGACACAGCAUCUGUCCAAGUUCCGUUUAAUUUGGCAGCAUGUGCCAAUUGGACUGUUGAUCCUAUUGCAAUCUGUUAUGGCCUAUUUCUUGUAUUUGGAGUAUGGUGCAAUAGCAGUACUGUUAUGUCCGUUACGCACUGGGAGUAUUAUUAUAGCAGCAUUACUGUGCUAUCAUGUGAACGCGAUGCCACUCUCGUGUCUAAGGUCCGCUGCAUCUGUGUGGUCCCCACAUGGAGCCAUUAACAACAACAAUGCAAUCUAAUAAAACUGAUAGUGGAGUAAUGCGAUUGGUGAAUGUUAGUCAGCUACUUUUGGACAGACUUUUUAAUGGAUUCUUCCUAUUGUGAUGUACAUCACAGUUUGAAGGUGGAGAUUAUUGUUGGGAAACCAACUGAUAUGAUUAGUUAUUGGAAAAUAAUCGAAUUACUUUUUUAUGUCAUGUUUGUAAAAAAUCACCACAUGCAUUUCGUGAUGCGAAGUCAAUGCUCCUUUAACAAGUGCCACAUUAUUUUACAAGGUACUCGUUGUUUCACAUAUAUAUAUUCAUAUAUUAUACAGUUAUCUUAAUCUUAUUGGAAAUCAUCUAAGUCUAAAAAAUAGUUUUUGUUAAUUAUUUUUAAUGCAAUACGCUUCCCAGGCAAAUUUUGCAACGUGAUAAUGAUAUUGUUGAUGUGAAUUUGUAUUAAUAACUGUUACUAUCUUCUACUUCCAUAUUGUCUAUAGUUUAAAUUUGAGAAUUUAGACAAGGCAUGUUUUUAUUUCUACUUUUUGUUUAAUAAUAAAUCAACGAGAAAAGUACCACAAUGAUGCAAAACUAUUUAUCUAAUGUAACAUAAUAUUGCCACAUUCGUAUUUCCCUGAUGUUUUAUUUCCUCAUUGUGGAUUUACGAACAUAUAUUGAACAAUAGAAUGUGAUAUUUUCCAAUUUAAGCAAAGAUUUAUAGAAAAGAAAACUAUAUUGUAGUCUUAAUACUCCCAGAGAUUUUAGCUGAAUAUCUCGAUCACUUCCUUGUGACAUAUAUUUUUCUACUUCUCUAUAUUCAGGAUCCACUAUAUUCUUUUCACGACAGUACUUUCGAUACGCUUAAAAAUUCUCUUCUCGAAUCUAUCUGUAUAUGUUUAUAUAAUAUUUCUAUUUAGAGCACUGCAGAAAUAACAAAACCGCAGUAAAUAUGUAGAAUUUGAUAAAUAAUCAAAUUUUACUUAUUUUUUUAUGUUUGAGAUACAUGUGUCUCAGUUCACAACUGGAUGAGCCGUUAUUAUGAUUAAAAAAUAGCAAUUAGAUGUGAAAUUUCUGUGUUACUAAAACGUUACGCAAAAGAUAAUUAAAAAGUAUUGACUGUUUUUGAUGUAGAUAAUAUUUUAAAGAAAAACCUGUGAAAGUAACUGUUAUAUUAAAGUGUGAUUAUAAUAUGUGAUUAUACGAUCAAAUUUGACGUCACGUGUGAGUAGCAUUCGGUAGUGUAUGUGUAACAAUGAACAAAAAAUAAAAGUUUUAUGAAAAGCAUAUAA